UCUUCGUCAAUUUACGAAUCUGGCCGUGGUUAAAUCUCAAGGGAGAGAGGAAACUCCCUCACACCCUCUUUGCAACUUUCAACUCCUCCUCAAUCUUCAAGCAACAAGAACCGGGAAAUUAAAGAGCAAAUUCCGUUUCAUUCACCACCAUAAUCCACUGAUUGCAUAGUUUGCUUUGAUCAAGAAUCCAUGUCGAGGUUGUCUGAAGCCUUUCUCUGAUUCCUUCCUAGUCUGUGGAUUUUGGUCGCUCGAGCUGUCUCGUGUGGUUUUGGCAUGUCUUCUUUACUUGGAAAAAAGAAAGAUUAGAGCUGCUGCUCCUUGAACUGCCCCUUCUUUUUCUGUCAUUAGAUGAUGAAGUUUGGCCUUGGAUGGUUCUCGAUGAUGUUUCUUCCUGCUGUAGUUGUAGUUGUAGCUCGGGGCACAAGCUUUUCGACACGGUUGAAUGUUUCCAUUCCUUAAUUUAUAGCGUAUUAUCGGAUUCCUUCUCUGCAAUUGUUUGUUUUCUGUUUCACGCUUUCCCUCGUGCGAAGAUUUAGGAUCUUUUGCUUCUCGUCCGACUAAUUGGCAGCUCUGGUUCCUCGUACUUCUUGUCUAAUUUUACUUCUGGUCGUGUAUUUUGAUCAAUCGAGAGAUCUGUGAUUUCCCCCUCUUUGCCUGCUCUAGCUUAGGUUAAACAAAUUUGAGCUGUGACUACUUUGGAACCCUAGCUAUCUUGGCGCUCUUCGUUUAUUCCUGGUUGUUGGGUUUCACUUGUGUGGAGCAAUGAAUCAAUAUGUUCCUGAUUGGGCCGUGGAAGAUGACUCUGGUUGCUUGACGGAUCUCCUUCCCAAUUCGAGUCAAAAGAAACCAACGGGACUGGAGAAUGAGCUUGUUGAGUUGCUGUGGAGAAAUGGGCAUGUUGUCAUGCACAGCCAAAUGCGCCGGAGGGCGGCCCCUGCCGUCUGUGAAUUCAAACAGCCUCAGAAACACGAGCAGUCGCUCGGCAACUCCAGCAACUUGAUCCAAGAAGCUGAAUCUGCGUCGUGGUUCCAGUACCCCCUUGACGACUCAUUCGAAAAGGAAUUCUGCUCCGAGUUCUUCCCCGAAAUUGAGGCCGCUGAAACCGAUAAGAUAAGCAAGGACUUGAUUGCAGAAGAGCAAAGGUUCUUGAGGUUUGGUUCCACCAAUGACAGCAACAAUGAUUUUACAGGGGCUGCCGCUAAGCCGCCCACCCCUAGUUCUCAAGAACAUGUGAUGCCCCCUCCGAGAUCGCAUUGCUUGGGCUCUACACCUCAGUCUUCCUGCUUAGAUAAUGCAAGUGUUCAGAACUUUUCGCAAUUGUCGAAUAUGAUGAAGGCUGAUAUGGGAGUUAGCUCAAGCUGUCAAUUGGGGCACAAAGGAUCAGGGAGCAACUACCAGACAGGCACCGUGGAGUCGUCCAUGAUGACAGUUGGAUCAAGCAACUGCGGCAGCAAUCAAGUCCAAGCCCGGACUGAGCCGGUGAAUGCUUUAAGCAAUGAUGCAGCCGGCAUUAUGGCAGGACUUAAAGAGGAUGCUGGAACAAGGUUACUAUCAGACAGACUUCAGUCGAAGCCGCAUGAGGUUGCUCUAACUUCAUCAUCUGGUGGUUCUGGCUGUAGUUUUGGAAGACAAGGGCAAAAAAAUGCGAGUAACCAAAGCCACAAGAGGAAGGCAAGGGAGGUGGAAGAUUCUGUGUGUCAAAGUGAGGACGCCGAGUAUGAAUCAAUUGAAGAAAAGAAGCAAACUCAAAGACCAAUGUCUAAACGCAGGAGUCGUGCUGCAGAAGUCCAUAAUCUCUCAGAGAGGAGAAGAAGAGAUAGGAUUAACGAAAAAAUGAAGGCCCUGCAGGAACUCAUACCUCAUUGUAACAAGACUGAUAAAGCAUCGAUGCUAGACGAAGCAAUUGAAUACCUGAAGUCACUUCAACUGCAAGUUCAGAUGAUGUGGAUGGGGAGCGGUAUGGCAUCAAUGAUGUUUCCCGGUGUUCAACAAUACAUUCCAGGAAUUGGAAUGGGAAUGGGUCAUCAUGGUUCCAUGCCUCCCAUUCCUACUGCAGUCCAAUUGCCAAGAGUUCCAUUAGUGAAUCAACCGGUACACCCAGCUUCCAGUGCAAAUCAGACAUCCAUAUUUCCCUCCCCAGCCUUGAGUGCAGUAAGCUUUCCCAACCAGAUGCAGAAUAUUCAUCUUCCUGAAUCAUAUGCCAGAUAUCUUGGUAUGCAUAUGAUGCCCCCGCCUCAGGCGUCAAACUUUUGCACAUAUGGAUCUCAUUUGGUGCAGCAGAACAAAUCAGCAGCAGCACCUAGAAGCACUUCUCCAGCCAGUGCUGCAGCUGCUCCUGGUGCAAGUAUAGGGAACAAGAAAUCUGGUUGAUGGACAAACUUCGCAUAAGGUGCCUGCUGAAAUUGUUCCGGUAGCCAGAAGACUGAAAGUUACUGAUACUGUCUUCUGAAGUCAGCAUUUGUUAUGUACAACAUGAGAGAUGAGAAGUUCGAAUCUUUAGUUGAGCUAGAAAACUCAGAGAAACAUAAUGGCACUUGUUAUUCUAUUGUGUAGAAGAUCAAUAUCAUACCUAUUUUUUAUUUACAUAAUAUAAUGAUCAAUCAUUAGUCUA